UUUAAGUCAGUCUUGGUUCGACCGUUGGUGCGUAAUUAUCUCCAGAAACAACUAGACUUGUCCGAGCUUUCAUCCAAUGGCCCUGACUUUGCAUCACACAAAAUAAGAACAGACGCUCGCCCUUUGUUUACUAACGUGACGCAUGCGUAGAGCCCAUGCAAUCUAAGCGCGGAGUCGUUUACCUUCCGCGGCGCGAGACGGUCGAGUCGUCGGGGCUGCGGGUGCGCGCGCGCAUACAGGCGGAGGUCGCGGGCGCGCGCGGACCAUGCUGCGCUGGCUGUGGGCGGCGCUGCUGCUGGGGGCCGCGCGAGCGCUGCCUCCCGGCCCGCGCCGGCUGCGCCUGCACGGCUGGCACCUCGAGCUCCACGAGAACACCGCUAUCCGUUCACCCUACUACGACGAGUGCAAAUUCUACAAAGGACGCGUCCUCUACGAAGAGGACUCCACCGCCACGGUGACGGAGUGCGACGGGCAGCUGUACGGGCUGCUGCAAGUGGGGGACGAGGAGUUCGUGCUGCAGCCGACGCGCGCUGACGCGCACGUGCUGCGGCGGCGCGACGUGGUGCUGGCGGAGCAGCCCGCGUACAACCUCACCGGCGACACCAUGACCGACCUACACCUGGACCUGGACGAGGACGCGCCGCGCCCCCACGUGCACGCCCGACACAGCGACCACGACGACACCGACUACUUCCGCGACAUCGCGCCCGUCACACGGCCAGCUUCAGGUGUGCACGGGCUGUGGCUGGAGAUGGCCAUCGUCGCCGACCACACCAUGUUAAAGUUUCACGGUCGGGAGAGAGUGAAGCAUUACAUUUUAGCCCUAAUGAACAUUGUCAGUGCCAUUUUCAACGCGCCGUCUCUAAACUCGAACAUGACGCUGGUGAUCAACAAGCUGUAUUUGUAUGAGGAGAAGGACCCGGUUAUCAGGUUCGGGAACGUCAAGAAGUCACUGGAAGCUGUUAACAAAUGGAACUACCGUCAUCUGAUGAAACUUCCUGCAGAGAACGCCGGCUGGGACGCGGCGGUGUGGCUGACGCGCGCGGAGUUGGGAGGUCCCUCGGGCUUCGCAUCCGUCGGCGGAGUCUGCUCACGCACCCGCUCCGCAGCCAUUGACCGCGACGAGGGACUCACCAGUGCCUUCGUCAUCGCACACGAGCUUGGACACCUGCUAGGUUUAACACACGACGGGGAAGAGCAGUGCUCCACUGAAGCCCAGCGCGGCUCCGUGAUGGCUCCCACUGUUUUGGCCACGCUGCACAACUACGCCUGGUCCAAAUGCUCCAAGGAACAAUUCCACGAGAAGUCUCGGAAGUGGUGGUGUCUACACGAGCGAAGCAGACAUGAUGGUGUAGUCCUAGGGGGCACCAAAGAACUGUCUAACUAUGUGUUCACCAUGGACGAACAGUGCCGCACUGAAUUUGGAGAAGGGUUCUCUGUAUGCAAAUCGGUGAAGGUGCGGUCAGCGUGCUCGCGACUGUGGUGCGCGCACCGCAACAUGGCUCACGUAUGUCGCUCCAAGCGGGCGCCACCGCUUGAGGGCACACCCUGCGGACAUAAUCGUUGGUGCGUGGACCGGGUAUGCGAGCCAAUGCCAGGUCACGACGAGGAGAACCGUGUGGAGGUGGAGGUGGCAUCCCCACCGCAGUGGGAGGAGUGGGGGCAGUGGAGCGACUGCAGCGCUGACUGCGGGUACGGGCUGCGCACGCGCCGGCGACGCUGCUGGUUUAAGGGAUCGGUAUCAGAGACGGCGUGCGAAGGCGCGGGGUCGCAGGUGACGACGUGCUGGGCCGGCGCCUGCGCCGCUACGAGAGACGCCCGCGCCGACGUCUGCGCGCGCCGCAGCCGACAUCUCAUACCCCACAUACAUGCUGAUGAAUCGAAGCAGUGUGAAGCAUGGUGCGUGAACUACACCGGAGGAACGCCGUCCACUCACGGAGCACUCCCUGACGGGACGCCCUGCAGCUACGACAGACAAUUUGAUGUCUGCUUUGAGGGUACGUGUGUGAAGGGACAGUGCAACAGCUCGGACACGGCCUGCAACUGGUGCCCGGACGGGUACUGCAACAACAAUACUCACUACUACACUCGCCAACUCGGGAAAGGCUGGACCCGAAUGACUGUCAUCCCACACGAGGCGCACCAGCUGUCGGUACAUAUAUCCACUCCUCUCCCCUUACAAAUCGCGAUACGGGAGCGAAAGAGAGAGAGGCCUGUUCUAGAGCUCAGAAAGCAUGCAAAGCGUUUCGAGAUCGAACAAAAUGAGUAUUUGAAGUACUACCCGAAUGUGCCGCAGAACCUGCAGAUCAUAGAGGUGGACAGCAACGUGAUAGAUAUUAAAGAGGGGGAGCACUUCGGGUGGGAGGGGGCGGUGGUGGCGGCCGGCUCGCUGCUGCGCUUCCGACAAACAGAUACAGACGUUUUUAUCUCCGCAAACUCACGCCUGCAGACGGAUUUGAUGAUUAUGGCAAUUCCGGAGCAACGUUUGACUGAGGAGAUGAUCACCGUGGAGGUGUCAGUGAAUUACAGCACACCGGCUUCGGUGGGACGCACCCGGCCUUUGGAGUACAGGUGGUCGACGGAGCGCGGCCCGUGCUCCGCGUCCUGCGGCGGAGGCAUACGCAUCGUGCGCACACGCUGCCCGCGCGACCAGCAGUGCGCGCCCACCAGAUACGAGGCCUGUAACUUGCAUAGCUGUGAAUUUGAGUGGUCGCCUGGUGAGUGGGAGGAGUGCAGCGCUACAUGCGGAAAGGCGGGGGUGCAAGCGAGACAACUGUUCUGCGUCCCCGCUAAUGUCACCAUAUCGUCACGGAGGGAUUUGAUAAGGAACAGCGUCUCACCAGCUCUGUGCCCCGCGUCGAAGCCAGAUCGCGAGCUGCCGUGCAAUCAGCUGCCUUGCCCUGUAUACUGGCAAGAGAUGUCCUGGACGCCUUGUUCGACAACGUGCGGGCGCGGCAUGUCAUAUCGACCGCUGUCGUGUCCAGCAGAAGACGCCAUGUUGUGCGGCCCGAAGCCGCGCGAGCGCCGCCGCCGCUGCCGCCUGCGCCGCUGCCCUGCCGCGCGCGCAACGCCCUGCGUCCAAGCAGAUGAAACCCAAUACUGCGAAUACUUCUCCCCCGACCAACUCCGGCGCAACUGCGUCCUACCACCCUUCAGAAAAUACUGCUGCAACGCCUGCAAAUACGCCGACUCUAUCGAACACCGUGGCGACGGAUAGACGGCCUCUCACACAAGAUCCACUGCGGAAUUGAUUUCAUUUUUCUACGCAGUUGUAGCUGCGGUCCCAGGAGAUUCCAUGUAACCAGUAUUUUAUAUCGUGGUCCUUAUUUAUAAGUAGCAUAAGGUUUGUACAAUAUUCUCUAGUAAUGUGGAAUGAAGUGCCAUAAUAUUGUACACGAUUUCUUAUUUUAUAAAUGUACUUUACAUCUACAAAGCAUUUUUAAUUAAGGUACAUAUUUAAGUAAUCGGUUUUCCAGCAUGUAUCUGAUUUAAAUGAACGAACAGAGAUUCUAAUGGGAUUUCCAUCUUUGUACAAGAGAAGU